AUGAGCAGCAGCAUGCCAGUCGCUACGCUCGCAACAUUGCUCUUGUUCUUGCUAUCCACUACAGCGAGUGACGAAAAUACAAGAAAACCAUAUAUUGUCCAUAUGUUGAAAUCAAUGAAGCCCGAGCACUUCAGUUUGCAUGAACACUGGUACCAUUCAAUUCUAACGAAUGCAACUCCGGCUUCCUCCACUUCACGUCCGAGCCUUUUGUUAUAUACAUAUAAUGUACUCCUCCACGGCUUUGCAGCCAAGCUGACCAGUGCCGAGGCUGCAGCUUUGGAGAGCGUGGAUGGUUGUCUGGCUGUGAUUCCAUCCUCUCUCAACAAGCUUCAUACCACACAUUCACCUAAGUUUCUGGGCCUCACCGAUGGCGGAGGACUGUGGUCGCAGCAGUUGAAUCGUGGAGAAGACGUAAUAGUAGGGGUGGUGGACACGGGAAUAUGGCCUGAGAGUGAAAGCUUCCAUGACAAGGGUCUGGGACCUGUUCCCUCCAGAUGGAAAGGCGAAUGUGAAAGCGGAGAGCAGUUCGAUUCCUCCAUGUGCAAUAGAAAACUCAUCGGAGCUCGAUUUAAUUUUUCUGUGGGCUACAAAUCGCAUGUAGGCGAGGAUUUCAUAUCAGCAAGAGACAACAACGGCCAUGGCACACAUACUGCUUCUACUGCUGCGGGAUCUGCUGUAAGGGGAGCGAGCUAUAACGGCUUUGGUAAUGGAACGGCCAUGGGCAUGGCGCCUGCGGCCAGACUGGCAGUGUAUAAGGCUUGCUGGGGACUGGAAGGAACUUGCGAUGACAGUGAUGUAGCUGGUGCUAUGGAAAAAGCCAUCCAAGAUGGCGUCGACAUUAUUUCUAUGUCAAUUGGCUAUGUGUUUGAGAAUCCAUUCUACAUGGAUCAUCAAGCACUGGCAGCGUUCGGUGCCAUAGAGAGAGGUGUAUUUGUUUCCGCCUCUGCUGGCAACCAAGGGCCUGACCCCGAAUUUCUUGCAAACACGGCACCGUGGAUAACUACAGUGGGCUCCAGCAGUAUGGACAGAGAGUUUCUCUCUCUUGUGAAGCUCGGCAAUGGCGAGGCAUUCAAAGGCUCGUCGCUUUACAGAGGACCCGGGAUUCAAAAUCUGCCUCUGGCCUACGAUUUUUGCAGCAACCUUGGUGUCGACCCACACCUCUUCAAAGGUAAAGUUAUGAUGUGCAAUUACCAAGACAAUUCGACAGAAACGGCAAGGCUUCUGAAGGACGCGGGCGCAGCAGGAAUGAUAAUUGUUGACGAUGAAUUGGACGGUGCCGUCGAUGAGCCUAUUGAGCAACCGUAUUUACCGGCUACCACCGUGAGUUUUUUGACGGGCGAAAAGAUAAAAACUUACGUUAACAGCACGGCGGCGCCCACGGCAACCAUCAAUCCCACUGGAUUGACAGUGGUGGGAAAAUCAAUUGCUCCCAUUGUAGACUCGUCUUCUUCCCGGGGUCCGAGCUUCUCAUAUCCGGACGUUCUGAAGCCGGAUCUAGUUGCGCCAGGUGUCAACAUCUUGGCUGCGUGGAAGGAAGGCGAGUUCAAGAUAGAGUCUGGGACGUCAAUGGCGUGUCCCCACGUCAGCGGCAUUGCAGCGCUCAUACGAGCUUCCCAUCCGACGUGGAGUCCUGCGGCAAUCAGAUCGGCUCUGAUGACUACGGCAUCCACGCUGGACAACACAAAACAGCCCAUGAAGGAUGCGCAAACCUUGCAAGCAGCGGACCCGUUUACAAUGGGAGCAGGUCACAUAAAUCCAAGGGCGGCUAUGGAGCCGGGGCUGUUGUACGAUCUGGGUCCUCAAGACUACGUCAAUUAUCUCUGUGGUCGAAACAAGUAUACUAAAAAGCAAAUAGCCCUGCUCACCCACAAUUGGCCUCCCUGCCCCGAAUUGGAAUCGGGUGCAGAUCUUAAUUAUCCAUCUUUCUCUGUUAUAUUGAAAUAUGGAGAGCGUGUUCAGAUGAAGAGGAGGACGGUGACCAACGUGGGCGGCGACAAUGCCAUAUACAAAGUGUGGGUGAAGAGCACUCCAAACGUGAAGGUAAGCGUGAAACCAGAUACAUUGGUGUUCAAGAAACGGAAUGCCCAGGCAAGUUAUAAUGUGACAUUCGAAAGCCGAGUGAAAGAGAGCAAGAAAGGAGAGUACGGGGAGAUAACGUGGAAAUGCAUCCAAGGAGGAAAGCACAUCGUUCGUAGCCCAAUUGUAGUUCUCUGGAUUUCGGUUCGAAGAGGAGGAGCUCCAUAA